CGGGGCUUUGUCCGAAUACGGGUGGGAAAACACCUCUCAGCGCAGCGGAGGAAAUUUUUUUAAUUCAAUCGAGGAGCAGAUUUUCCCAUCAUGACUGUCAUCAUCAUCUUCACCUUCAUCACCUGCGCUACUGAUCAGCCUUUCUCCUGAUGAUGGAGUCGAUUCUGAGGGGUGAGCUGGAUUUCACAGCAGGUUUCAGAGAGGAGCUGAGGGCAGAGCUGAGGGCAGACCUGCAAGAAGACAACUGUGGGAUUAGAUGGCCGUCCUGCCCUCUUUCUGUGGACAUGCAUCCAGCAUCACAUUUCGCCCUGGCUGCCGCAUACCACGACAUCAAGAUGCGUCUAGCCAGUCUGGAGCAUGAGAACAGCAGCAUCAAGAGGAAACUGAAGAACUAUGAGAUUAAAUUUCCGAUGAUCAGUGAGUUUGCAGAGGAGCGAAGUCUGUGCUGCUCAUGUGAACCCAAAGAGACCAAAGUGAUCCACACAGAGGCCAGCAGCAGCCUGCAGCAACGCAUCAGUACACUCACACAAGAGUUGCAGAAGAGUAAAGCCCAUGAGGAGCAUCUGGAGGAGGUGAUUAAAGCGUAUGAGAAGAUCCAUCUGGAGAAAAGUAAUGUGCAAAAGGAGCUGGACAACAUGACGACCCUGGCAGAGCAGCAUGUGAAGAGAAUCCAUGGUUUAGAGUCGGCUCUGAGACAGAGAGAAACGCUCCUGCAGAGGAAAAGCUCCAGACUGGGCAGCGGGAGAGAAAAAACACACCCACACUCACAUCCACAUCCACGCAGCAAAGACACACACCUCCUCCAUCUCCACAACAGCCUGGACGUUCCUUGUGCAUUGGACUGUCCUGGUCCGACCCUGCAGAGUUCCCGCAGCCUGGAUACACUUACUGACCUGAAGGUGCAGCGCCUCGAGGCAGAGCUGGAGGGGGCAUGGCAUGAGGCACAGGGGGCGUGGCAGAGAGAGGCAGAGCUAAAGACAAAGCUUCAGCGGCUACAGGACGAAAUCAGUCACUUGCAGGAGAACCAAAGACAGGAAUUGGACACCCCCUGUGAUCACUGUAAUAUGGAAUGGAUCCAGAAAGCAGGAGAUGAACAGGUUAAUCUGGCUUUAGCCUAUACAGAGCUGAUGGAGGAACUGAGCAGAAUUCGUAGCUUGACUGCUGAACAGAGUGAGAUCCUGAGACAGAAACGAAAACAUCCUGAGCAGAAAAGCCCCGUACUAAGGCAUUCUGCAACACCCCAGCACCACUCUCCCUCCUCCCCCCUCUCCGCUUCAUCCGGUCCAGCCUCUUUCUCAGCCCGCACAUCCACCAACCAUCUCCGGGCGUGCUUCCAGGGCCGCAGGAGCUUCUCUGAAAUCACUGACCCCUCCACGCCCCACCAGGGCUCUCUCCGUACCCUGUGUUACCCAGCAUCCACUCUGCCCAAGCACCGGCCAGCAGGCGACGGCUACCUGAGGCAGCAGAAAGGGGCACUGUCCAUUGGGCCCCGCCCAGCAUCUGCCCACAGCGCAACGCGAAGCAUCCCCUGUGCCUCACCUGUGCGGAAUGUGCAUCACCUGUGCGUUCAGGAGCAGCUGCCUGACCCCGCCCCACUGGUCACACCCCCGCAGUCUUCAGAGGACGAGGAAGAGGAGUGGCCGAGUACAAGCUCCGCCCACAGUCCCGUCCACAGCCCCACCCACAGCCCGCCCAGGACGCUGGGGGUGAUGCCCCCUCACCCACCUUUUCCUGCCCCUGAUACUCCGAGCACACUGUCCUGCCCCUUACAGGGCUACCUGAGCGCAGAGCACGCUCAAUCCUGGCCGUCAAUCAAACUGUGGAUGGAAUCAGAGGAGAAUGAUUCUCGAAGCUGCCCACUCUGCCAGCUGACAUUUCCCACUGGCUAUCCUGAAGAUGCUCUAAUCAAACACAUUGACUCUCACCUAGAAAACAGCAAAAUCUGAACAACUAGCCACUUAAAGCAAAGCCGCACAAUAAAACCGUUCCUACAGGUGACAGACAGCAAUCUGAACAGUACAAGCUGAACCACAGUGGUCAAAUCUGACCAGACGUAAUACUGCCACUGUGCAGAUUGUGUGAUCUACAAAACUCUCACAUGCACUACAGUUCAAAUCUCUGGAACCAGUAUUGUCAAUUAUAUGAAACCCAUUUAGUUUGUCAAAAUAUUCUAAUCUGCUUGUCCUGAUCAACAUCUUAAUAUCUAUCAGAUCAUCUGUAGAACCAGAGGAAUUUUUUAGAAGAGCCAGGUGUAGAAAAUCAUGACCGUAGAUGAUUUUAACAUGACAAGGAAACUGCUGAACAUCUAAAAUUAAGUUCUGAUGACAUUAAUAUUCAGAAUGAUGUUGGAGUAUAUGGUUUUAUAGAAAAUAGUGUUGGAAUCCCAACUAAUUACUAAUACUUUUUUUUAAAUAUGAUGUAUGUAGUAUAGAUAUCAAAUACUCCGAUAUCCACAAUACAUACUCUGAACCAGAGGUUUUUUUUUUUUAUGUGGUUACCAUAUACUAUUCCUACAAUGGGCUCAUAUGGAGACACGGCCUGUACCAUCUAGUGGUCACAUGGCAUUAAACUCAGUCGAUUAAAAAUGGUAUGGGUAAUUAUUUAGCAAAAACAACUUCCUGUUAAAAGACAAAUUUUAGUCUUUAUACUUAUGUCCUACUAAUCCUAAAGAACUAAGAAAAUGUAUACAUGCACAACAAGCUAAAGCCUGGGUCUUGGGAGGUCCUCUUCUGAAGCCAGUUUCUAACAUUAGCGUUAUACUUAUAGUUGAAUUAGCUACAUAAGUAGCAGUGCAUUGUUUGCUACAUAAUUAAGAAAAAAAUCCUAAUGAACAAGAUAUGCCAGAUAAUUACAUGCCUAACAGUUUCGUCUCUAGUAGAAAGCCACUUCAGUUUUUAAUGUGGUUUAUCCAGACCUUUUGUUUAUAUAUUUUUCCUUCUUUCUAUUCUUUCAUUCUUUAGAAAUAGAGCAAUACCUACCGUUAAUCUUAAACACAGCUCACUAUCUUUCAGCUGUGUGUGUGUGUCAGCCUGAUUGUAAUGAUGGAACAGGGUUAUUACAGUCCGGUGCUGUGACAGUCAAAAUGCUGUCAAAAUGUCUACAUGUAAGUAUUUCAGGCAAUCUAGAUUUUUUUUCACCUACUUCAAUUUUACAAAUGAACAAAUGUCCCUCUAGAACAAUAUGUGCUUAAAAUGUGCCACAAACAAUACUGUAAAAUUUGUACAUAUUUUAUUUUACAUAUACUGUAUAUGUUAAUUUACUAAUAUGACAAGUGGCACCAAACAUUUAAACUGUAGUUCCAAUAAUAUUAAUUUGAAGAUCAUAGAAUCUGCAGAAACUGUGAAAUCCAUGUUCAUUAUACACAAAGCAUAAAAACUGUAGAAAAUCCAUCUUAGUCUUAAUUCUAAUAAUUAUUUACCAUAAAAGACUCAGACUUCUAAGAAAUGAAAUAGAUGACAGUUUACAGUAACUUCAUCAGUCCAGUGCAGUGAAAAUGACCACUCGAUUCUUCCAGCUCUACUACCACACAAAUCUUCGAGUCCUGCCACCAUUCAGACAUUUUUAACAAGCCGUUUUUGUUCAUUAUGAAGCUCCUCUCUGCAGACCCACAAUAACGGUGAGGAUUACUCCAGACUUGUGUGAAUAGCUAUUGUUCUGUGCUGUAUAUUGCUUUAGUUGUUAGGCAGGACCCUUUAGUAAGAGCAACAGUAGCUUAGGUAAACUUUCCAUAGAUCUCCAUAGUCUUCCGAACCUGUUUGGAUUUGUUUAAUGUUUGUACAGUUUGUCCUUUUAUGUCUUAAAGGGCAUUCAGACAUUCUGGAUGAGUUUUCUGUGCAUGUAGAACUUUAGAAUUUAUUCUGUUCCUCACUAUUUUGGAAAAUAUAAAUUGUAGAGAAUGUUUGCUUUUAAAGAAAAAAAAAGCAAAAGCUUAGAAAGGUUUUUUGCUAGAUGAACGAAGCCAUACUUUUAGCACUGUAAUAUGAAAAUGUGAGGGCUGGUGUCAGUCCAAACUCUUCAUGCUCUGCACUUUGCUUUUGUCCCUGCUGUUAUUUAUUAAAAAUCCAAACUU